AGAAUAACGUCGGGUCGGGUCAGCGGGCGCUGCAGUAGUCGCCGCAGCGGUGAUGGGAGCGGUGGGGACGAGGCGGCGGCGGCGGUGGCAGGAAGAGAAACAGCGGCUGGCACGAGAGCAGCGGCUGGGGGCGGCCAGCAACGGCAGUAAGAGCAGUCGCCGCCGCCGCCAGUAAAGGCGGACGGUACUCGAGGGUACUACAUAGCCGGCGGGCCCUCCAACCCGCGCUCGGGUCCCGCCGCAGUCGAGCGGCGGGUGAUGGGCAGGCGGCGAAGGUUCCGCCUCCUGCGGGCUGACCCCUGCUGGUCCGGGCCGUGAGCCGGUCGGAGCCCUCCGCCCGCAAUCCCUGCGUCCUCCACGGCCCAGUUUAAAUGGAAACCACCCUUGGGAGCUGGAUGCCUGUAUAGCUGUUCUACUGUAUCAGUGAAUUGCAAUGAGUGGGGGAGGAGAGCAGCCAGAUAUUCUCAGUGUUGGAAUCCUGGUCAAAGAAAGAUGGAAAGUGUUAAGGAAGAUUGGGGGUGGGGGCUUUGGAGAAAUUUACGAUGCCUUGGACAUGCUCACCAGGGAAAAUGUUGCACUGAAGGUGGAAUCAGCUCAACAACCAAAACAAGUCUUGAAAAUGGAGGUUGCUGUAUUGAAAAAAUUACAAGGGAAAGACCAUGUUUGUAGAUUUAUUGGCUGUGGGAGGAAUGAUCGAUUCAACUAUGUGGUCAUGCAGUUGCAGGGCCGUAAUCUGGCAGAUCUACGUCGUAGUCAGUCCCGGGGCACAUUCACCAUUAGCACUACUCUUCGGCUGGGCAAACAGAUUCUGGAAUCAAUUGAAAGCAUCCAUUCUGUGGGAUUCUUGCACCGAGACAUCAAACCGUCGAAUUUUGCCAUGGGUCGCUUUCCUAGUACAUGUAGGAAAUGUUAUAUGCUUGAUUUCGGCUUGGCUCGACAAUUUACCAAUUCCUGUGGUGACGUCAGACCACCUCGAGCUGUGGCAGGCUUUCGAGGGACAGUUCGUUAUGCAUCAGUCAAUGCUCAUCGGAACAGGGAAAUGGGAAGACAUGAUGAUCUCUGGUCCUUAUUCUACAUGUUAGUAGAGUUUGUGGUUGGUCAGCUGCCUUGGAGAAAAAUAAAGGACAAGGAGCAAGUAGGCUCUAUUAAGGAGAGAUAUGACCAUAGGCUCAUGUUGAAACAUCUCCCUCCAGAAUUCAGCAUCUUUCUGGACCAUAUAUCAUCUUUGGAUUAUUUUACAAAACCAGAUUACCAGCUUCUUACAUCCGUGUUUGACAACAGCAUCAAGACUUUUGGUGUAAUUGAGAGUGACCCUUUUGACUGGGAGAAGACUGGAACUGAUGGCUCCCUAACAACCACUACCACUUCUACAACUCCUCAGUUACACACCCGCUUGACCCCUGCUGCAAUUGGAAUUGCCAACGCCACUCCCAUUCCAGGAGACUUACUUCGAGAAAAUACCGAUGAGGUGUUUCCAGAUGAACAGCUUAGUGAUGGAGAGAAUGGCAUCCCUGUUGGUGUAUCACCAGAUAAAUUGCCUCGUCCUCAAGAGAAGGAUGUCUGGGAAGAGAUGGAUGUCAACAGGAAUAAGAUAAAGCUUGGGAUUUGUAAGGGUACUACAGAAGAGGAAAAUAGCCAUGGUCAAGCAAAUGGUAUGCUGAAUGCACCAAGUCUUGGUUCACCCAUUCGGGUCUGUUCAGAGAUUACUCAGCCAGAUAGAGAUGUCCCAUUGGUGCGAAAGUUACGUUCCAUCCACAGCUUUGAGCUGGAAAAACGUCUGACACUGGAGCCAAAGCCAGACACUGACAAGUUUCUUGAAACCUGCCUGGAGAAGAUGCAGAAAGAUUCCAGUGCAGGAAAGGAAUCCACUGUCCCUGCUCUGCUGCAUAAGCCUUGUGUUCCUGCUGUAUCCCGUACUGACCACGUCUGGCACUAUGAUGAAGAAUACCUUCCAGAUGCUUCUAAGCCUGCCUCUGCCAACACCCCUGAUCAGGCAGAUGGUGGUGGCAGCAAUGAAUUUAUAGCAGUCAACCUGAGCUCCUGCAAGCAGGAAGUUGAUUCCAAAGAAUGGGUGAUUGUGGACAAGGAGCAGGACCUUCAGGAUUUUAGGACAAAUGAAGCUUUAGGGCAUAAAACAACGGGAAGUCCUUCUGAUGAGGAACCUGAAGUGCUUCAAGUUCUGGAAGAAUCGCCUCAUGAUGAAAAGCUCAGAUUAAGUCCUUGGGUAGAAAAUGAUCACUUAAAGAAGGAAACUUCAGGUGUGCUCUUAGCACUUUCUGGAGAGUGUCCUGCCACUGCUGCUUCAGAACAAUAUACAGAUAGGCUGGAACUCCAGGCUGGAACUGCUGCUAGUCAAUUUAUUGCAGCAACACCCACAAGUCCAAUGGAAGCGCAAGCUGAAGGACCCCUAACGGCGAUUACAAUUCCUAGGCCUUCUGUGGCAUCAACACAGUCAACUUCAGGGAGUUUUCACUAUGGUCAGCAGCCAGAGAGGAAAGAUCUUCAGCCCGUGGAGCCCACUGUGGAACUUCACUCUCCAAGGGAGACAGAAGGUGAACCUGCUAGUGGAGUAAGCAGAACAGAUUUGGGCCUUCAGUUAGAUCAUAUUGGUCAUGACGUAAUACCCAAGGAAGUUUGUAUUAGAGAAUGUGACAAAUCCCAAGACGUGGGCCAAAGAGACCAUCUUCCUAACCAAAGCAGACUGGUUGUGAGAGAAUUUGAGAAUCUCCCUGGAGAAACUGAGGAGAAAAACAUUCUUCUAGGGUCAGAUAAUGAAGAUGAGAAAUUAAGUAAAGGACAGUGUUGUAUUGAGAUCUCUCCUCUCCCAGGAGAUUUGAUAACUAUGGAAAGGGAUCACUCAGCUACUACUGAACCUCUUGAUGUGACAAAGACACAGACUUUUAGUGUGGUGCCAAAUCAAGACAAAAGUCAUGAGAUAAUGAGGCUUCUGGCAAUUGGAACUCCAGAAAUUUCUUCAAGAGUCAUUGACUCACAUGCUGAAGGACAGAUGGGCCAGGUGGCAGCAAUGCAAAAAAGUAAGAUGUCUAAGGAUGAUGAUGUCAAGAGUGAAGACUUGCUGGGCAAUCAAGGGGACCUCUCUACUUUUUUGUAUCAAGAAGGUAAAAGAGAGAAAAUUGCUCUGAAAAAUGGAGAACUAUUUCAUUGUGUUUCAGAAAAUGAACAUUGUCCCCCAUCCCGGAAAGAUGUGGUUAGGUCAUCCUUUGUAACUAGACACAGCCGAAUCCCUGUUUUAGCACAAGAGAUAGACUCAGCUUUUGAAUCGUCUUCUCAAGUCUCUGCAAAAGAAAAGCUCCUCCAAAAGAAAGCUUUUCAACCGGAACUAGUUAAGCUUUUGGUGGAAAAAAGGCAACUCAAGUCUUUCCUUGGUGACCUCUCAAGUGCCUCUGAUAAAUUGCUAGGGGAGAAACUAACUACUGUUCCUUCUCCCUUUUCUGAGGAGGGAGUCUUCACUCCCUUUUCAAGACUUGCAGUAGACUCUCACCUGAGCAGGUCAGCUGAAGAUAGCUUUCUGUCACCCAUCAUCUCCCAGUCCAGAAAGAGCAAAAUUCCAAGGCCAGUUUCAUGGGCCAAUACAGAUCAAGUCAGUAGCUCAACUUCAUCUCAAUUCUUGCCUCGACCACCACCAGGAAAGCCACCAACUAGGCCUGGAGUAGAAGCUAGGCUACGCAGAUACAAAGUCCUAGGGAGUAGCAAUUCCGACUCAGACCUUUUUUCCCGUCUGGCCCAAAUUCUUCAAAAUGGAUCUCAGAAACCCCGGAACAGUACUCAGUCCAAGACUCCAGGAUCCCCUCACAAUCCAAAAACACCGCCCAAGAGCCCAGUUGUCCCUCGCCGAAGUCCCAGUGCCUCUCCUCGAAGCUCUUCCUUGCCUCGCACAUCUAGUUCCUCACCAUCUAGGGCUGGACGGCCCCACCAUGACCAGAGGAGUUCAUCCCCACAUCUGGGGAGAAGCAAGUCACCUCCAAGCCACUCAGGCUCUUCCUCCUCCAGGAGGUCCUGCCAACAGGAGCACUGUAAACCCAGCAAGAAUGGCCUGAAGGGAUCUGGCAGCCUCCACCACCACUCAGCCAGCACUAAAACCCCCCCAGGGAAGAGUAAGUCAGCCAGUAAACUCAGCAGAUAGGAGCCAGGCUGCAUCUCCAUGAAAGGUGUGAGACCUUCCUCCUAACCUGAUGCAUGUUGUAUCCCUGUACUGUCUAUUUAAAAAAUCAGUGUUGAUCGUCAUUUGCAAAAACAGUAACACGAUAAAUUAUUUAUAAGAAGACAUUAAUAUGUGAUAAAGAAUUACCUAAGGCAAGCAGCAAGCAGAUCAGGAAUCAAGGCAUGUGUGUACUAAAGGGCAAUCCAGCAAAUCCAAAGGGGAAAAACUCAUUAAAUGAGCUCUCAUUUUUAAUCUGCUUUUGAAAUGAGUUGAGAGUAGGAGAUGAAAUGGAAUUUUAAGGGAUUUGGCCCAAUAUUUUAAGACUCUACUCAAAGAUUAUAUAGCAAAAAUGAAAUUUUAAUAUUUUCAUUCAAAACUCCCCAACCUUAGAGAGUCAACAUUGUUCAGAUACUAGGGUAUGUGUAAGAAAUCCGGUGUCAGGGAGUCACUGCUCAUGUAUUUUUUGACUCGUGUGUUUAUCUAGUGUAUUGAGAAUCCACACGUUUACUUUGCCUCAUUCCUAGUAUCCUCCCUGGAUUUCACAUUUUAAAGUUAGUGUUUCUCACCUGAUCUAAUCUUUCAUUUUAACAAUACAUUCUAAUACACUUUUAGUAGUACAUGCUGGGAAUUUCAAAUCCAACUGCCUUUUUUAGUCCCCUCCUGUUUUUCCUGGAGCAAUAUUUCUUAACCCAGUACAUUUUUACUGCAAAAUAAUAAUAAAUGAGAAACUUAGGUAAAGAAAGAAAAAGUCUAAAUAAAGGUGCUUUGUAGGCUUUCGUGCUUUAGGGAGAGAGGAACAGAGUGUGGAGCAAUAUCCUUUAAGAUAGAAGACCCUGUCUCUCCUGUUGAGUUUCCUCUGGUGGAGUAGACCAGAGUAGACCUUGCUUUUGUAGGUCUUCUAGGUACAAAUUCAUUCUCCUAACAACCUCCAAGAUGAUACCAUGGAUGUGGCAUUAUGCUUUUAGAGAUGGAGAAAGAAAUUAGGUAUGUUGAGGCUUAUAAUCCUCAACUAUGUAUUUUAUACAUUUAAACAAUAAGGAAUGAAUAUCUUUGGAAAUAAAUUUAGGCUAAAUAUUUAUCUUUUGAUGUUUUAUUACCUGCUUCUCCUAUGCUUCGGUUUGAUUUCCAUGUAAUCCCAGUUUACAGAGCUCUAAGGGGGAUCUUAUUUGUUCUAAUCUCACUCUUCUGCUAACAGGAAUCAGGCAAAAUUAAAUUAUACCAGACUUUUAAAAUGGUCUCUUUCAUGUUCUCUGGGUGUUUUGUGGUGUAAAGACCUUAUUAAGGUCAAAUAAUUGGUCUGCUUGCUGUUGAAAUUUGCCUUCUAGCAAACAUCUGUGCUUUCUCUUUGACCUUGUGUUUGCUGCCAAUCCUAAUAUGGUUAAACUGGGAAA